AUGAGGAGGAUGGCGGAGGAGCUACAACCCGCGGAGGAAGGGCUAGGUUGGAUCUCCAGUUGGCUCCCAUCCUGGUGUCCAACGUCUCUCUCUCAGCUGAAGGAUGCAGAAGACAAAAUGCUAAAGGCUGUGAAGACCCCCUUCUCCAGGCAGCAUGUCAGGAUAUCCAAUGGCAACUACCUCUGGACUUUAGCCUUCAACUUGCAACCCAAGGAACAGUCCUCUCUCCAGCCCCAUCCGCCCUCACUCUCUGAGCCCGCGGUCCCGCCACGGCCCUGUCCUCCCCUGGUACUGCUCCACGGGUUUGGGGGCGGCGUGGGUCUGUGGGCCCAGAACCUGGACUCCCUAUGUGACCGUGGGGCUGUGUAUGCCCUGGAUCUGCUGGGCUUCGGCCGGAGCAGCAGGCCUGUGUUCAGCACGGACCCGCAGGCUGCCGAGGAGGAGUUCCUGGGGGCCCUGGAGGAGUGGAGAGGCCGGGUGGGCCUGGAGGAGAUGGUUCUGCUGGGACACAACCUGGGGGGCUACGUGGCCGCUGCAUACACACUGGCACAUCCGCACAGAGUCAAACACCUGAUCCUGGUAGAGCCCUGGGGUUUCCCGGCCCACCCAGAGAGCCCAGAUCAGGAGAAGUCCAUUCCCGUGUGGAUCAGAGCCAUGGGGGCCGUCUUGAGUCCCUUCAACCCCCUGGCUGGACUAAGACUGGCUGGACCACUAGGCCCCAUGCUGGUCCAGACCAUAAGGUCCGAUUUUAAACAGAAGUAUUCUUCUGUGUUUGACGACAACACUGUAUCAAACUACAUCUACCAUCUUAACGCACAGAUGCCCAGUGGUGAAACCGCUUUUAGAAACAUGACUGUGCCGUAUUGUUGGGCCAAGAGGCCGAUGUUGGAUCGUAUCGGACUGAUCCAACCGGACAUUCCCAUAUCCAUAAUCUACGGGUCAAGAUCCAGCAUCGACAGCGACUCGGGAUACACGUUCCGGCAGACCAGACCGGAUGUGGACAUCAUCGUGAUAAGAGGAGCAGGUCACUAUGUGUUUGCUGACCAACCCGAGGACUUCAAUCAGACUGUUCUUCGCAUCCUAGCUGGGAUGGGGGGAGCCGACGAGGGGGAGGCUUGAGGGCGGGAGAGUGAUAUAGAGAGAAGGGGUGAGGAAAGGAAAAUGAUGAGAAUGGUGCAAGGAGGACAUUUUGAGGGGUGAACAAAGAGUGGGAAUGGAGAAGAAAAGGUAAGAGGAGUCAAAGAGCAGUAGCAAAAAUAACUCCUUGAGGAGGACAGUUGUCAUGUUCAGAACAUAUGCCUGUUCCUCACUGAAAAAGGGUUAGGCUGAUAUAUAUCAUGGGCUCAUAUAGCAUGCAUGGAAAUGAACCUAGGCUGAUGGUUGGAUGCUAGAGUAUGAUUUAGGCCAGGCGUGGGCAAACUAAGGCCUGCAGGCCAAGUAUUAGCCGCAAGCCAAUUUAGAAUUGUCUAAGCUGAUAUAGGAUGGCUAGAUAAUUAUUUCUUCUCGGCUGAUGAAGGAUGGGUGGUGAAUGAUUUAUUCUAUUCUGAUGAUAGAGGGAUGGCAAAUUAUAUGGGGUGAUAUGGGAUAGUUUUUACCAGUACUACACCCCAUUCCUCAUCAUGGCCCCUACAGCCUCUGAAGGAUUGUGUCUGUAUAUAAUACCUUUGUAAACAAAUGUAAAAUGUAUUUUCUGCACUUAUGAAGAUAUAUACUAAUUAAGUAUUUUUGUUGGGAGGGUGGACAAAUGUCCAUAUUCUCAGUAUGCUUACACUUUUUCAAAUUGUUGAAUGUGUGAAUUUAGUUUUGUUUCAGUUUUGCUUUCCCUGACAGGGGAUAAGCUGUCUUUAUGGUGAACCUGGAGCAAUUAGGCCUUGCUCAAGGGCCGACCAACACAUUUUACACAUUGACAGCUCUGGGAUUUGAUCCAGCAACCUUUACACUACUGGCAUGAUGCUCUGUACUGGUAGGCCGUCUGCCGUCCCUCUGUGUUUUAACAGUAAACUAGGAAACAGAGUGACUUAGUGAGAAAAGUUGUCUUCUGAGAAAAUGUUGGGAAAGGUUUAAAUCUUUGAGGAGGGUUGUGAAAUGAGAAACCUGUUUUCAUUGGCAAACUGGUACAAAGUUGACUGUGUUUUUCUUACUUAUUUUGACCUAUUACCCACACGGUUGGCUAACUAUCCUCCAUACGCAUUUUUCAGAUAAUGUAUUAUUUAAUAGGUUUCUUGACCUAUGAACCGAUAACCCCAUUUUGAUUUUGCAAACCCUCUAUUCAAGAAAAAAAGUGAUAAAUUCCACGACUGUGACAGAGAGUCUUAUCUAUCGGAAAUGUGGUCAUAUUUUACACAUUUCUCAUAAUGAGUAAAUGUUUUUAAUACACAUUAACAAUGGCAGUAUCUCAACCCAACACAGGGCUCUGUUGAGGAAAUGUAUAAGAUUUCAAUACGUUCUUCCUCCCACAUGUGUGGAUUUACAGGAAAUGAGCUCUUAAUUUGAACUAAUGUUAUUUCUGCUACAUGGCAAGACCUGCAGGAAAACUGUAAUACAAUUUAUAAAAUGUUUUUUUUAUUAAUAUGAUGCAACUAUCAAAUCGAUAUCAUGCUAGCUAGCUAUAUAAUGAAAGACAACUGUAUUUGAAAAUGUGAGUAGUGCAAAUAUACUCCUGAAAUCUAUUGUAUAAAAUAAUUUCAUUUCCUUGGUGUUGUAUACUGAAAUCUGUAUGAAAAAUAUGGAAAGCUAUAUUACUGCAAUCUUAACCCAGUGGCUUAGGGACAGUUAUAAUAUAUUUUUCAUAUUGAAAUAUUUUUUUUCCUUUGGUGGGUUUGGACUUAGGUUCCUCAACGCAACCAGCACCAACUGCAACAGCUUCAGAGUACCCCAAACGAAAAUCUAAAA